AUGCCGCGCAUUGAUGGCCCUUUCACAGUCACCAAGCGAAUCAACAAUAACUCUUAUAGAGUUGAUCUCCAAGGUAAGUACAAUAUCAGUCCUAGUUUUAAUGUUGCUGACUUAUCUCCUUUUCUUGCAGAUGAACCAGAUUUGAGGUCAAAUCCUUUUCAAGAGGGAGGGGAUGAUGCGAUCAUGGAUGAGGAGGUUCAGGAAAAGCAGCUUUUGGCCGAGGAAGAAGAUGGAAUGGAGCAGCUUGUAGCCGCGGAUGGACUUGAAGCAGAGCAGCUUGUACCUGAGGAGAGCUUAGCCAUUCCAACUGGCCCAAUCACUCGUUCAAGAACUAAGGCACUAAACCAAGCAAUUGGCAAAGUCCUUAGCGCCAUGAACCAACAAGAAACCAAGCCAACCACUUGGUUUGUUUGA